AUGGAAGAGGCGGAAGACGGCGACGAGGAGCCCAAAUUCCAGAAGGCUCGACCACCUCAAGUAGUCAGUUCGGCCGGAUGCGAGGAUCAUGGGAGCAGCGGGGGGACCAAUAUGAAGAAAUUUACGCCAGGAGGCGGAGCCGUGUCUACUGCGCGAAAAAACUCCAACAACAAUGAGCUCUUGCUCCUGCGAGACGAGGACCCCACACCUUUCACUGCCAGUGGCAGUAGUGCAUCUGCUCUGUUAUGCCAGAGGGAUGCUGCUGGCGGCCGAAGCAGCUCAGACUCAGACCACAGGAGUGCUGGGGACACAGAGUCUGAGGCGGGCGUGAUAGGAGAGGCGGGCAUCGGUAUGAUAUGCAACAAAAACGGAGAUUGUAGAAGAGACCCGGCCAGUUCAGGGAGCCUUUCUUCUCUCAUCUCAAGACAGGAGAAGCAGGCAGAUGGAGUAGUAGCAGCUGGAGACGAUAAGGGGCAGGCUGCAAGCAUGGACGGCUCUGUCACUUCAGCUGGGUCCCUGACACAGGGGCCGGGGGCCGAGGUCAAGACCACGGCAGCCACGGAGAAAAAGGAUUCCAGAGUUUCCUUCUCCAACGCCCCAAGUAGUAAAGGACAGGCUCAGCAGCCAAGAAAUUCUGUCACAUUCAGCAAAGCAGAGGACGGCUCUCAGAUAGUGCCGGAUGAUGGAGACUCCAAGGGGAAUCAGACAUACAUGCAGCGGCAAUUUAGUUCCAUGCUUCAGCCUGGAGUUAACAAAUUCUCCCUGCGCAUGUUUGGCAGUCAAAAGGCAGUGGAGAAAGAACAAGAGCGCGUAAAGUCAGCGGGUAACUGGAUUAUCCACCCAUACAGCGACUUCAGGUUCUACUGGGACUUCUCCAUGUUGAUGUUCAUGGUUGGCAACCUGAUCAUCAUCCCUGUAGGCAUUACCUUCUUUAAAGAUGAGACCACCACACCCUGGAUCAUCUUCAACGUGGUCUCUGACACCUUCUUCCUCAUGGACCUAGUGCUCAACUUUAGGACUGGUAUCGUGUUCGAGGACAACACCGAGAUCAUCCUCGAUCCCAAGAAGAUUAAGAAGAAAUACCUGAAGAGCUGGUUUGUGGUGGACUUUAUCUCCUCCAUACCUGUGGAUUAUAUCUUCCUGAUAGUGGAGAAAGGGAUUGACUCAGAGGUGUACAAAACUGCGCGGGCGCUCCGCAUCGUCCGCUUCACUAAGAUCCUCAGUCUGCUGCGUUUGCUGAGGCUGUCCAGACUCAUCCGUUACAUCCACCAGUGGGAGGAGAUCUUCCACAUGACCUAUGAUCUAGCCAGUGCUGUGGUGCGAAUAUUCAACCUGAUUGGUAUGAUGCUGCUGCUGUGCCACUGGGAUGGCUGUCUCCAGUUUCUUGUUCCCAUGCUGCAGGACUUUCCAUCUGACUGCUGGGUCUCCCUCAACAAGAUGGUGAAUGACUCAUGGAGCGAGCUGUACUCCUUUGCCCUCUUUAAAGCCAUGAGCCACAUGCUGUGCAUUGGCUAUGGAAGACAAGCCCCAGAGAGCAUGUCGGACAUCUGGCUGACCAUGCUGAGUAUGAUCGUAGGAGCCACCUGCUAUGCCAUGUUCAUCGGCCACGCCACCGCACUCAUCCAGUCACUUGACUCAUCAAGACGGCAAUACCAGGAAAAGUACAAACAAGUGGAGCAGUACAUGUCAUUCCACAAACUCCCAGCUGACUUCCGACAGAAAAUCCAUGACUACUAUGAGCACCGAUACCAGGGCAAGAUGUUUGACGAAGAGAGCAUCCUGGAGGAGCUUAAUGAGCCUCUGCGCGAGGAAAUUGUCAACUUCAACUGCCGUAAGCUGGUGGCCUCCAUGCCGCUGUUUGCCAAUGCAGAUCCCAACUUUGUGACAGCCAUGCUGACCAAACUGCGUUUCGAAGUAUUUCAGCCUGGAGACUACAUCAUCAGAGAGGGCACAAUUGGCAAGAAGAUGUACUUCAUUCAGCACGGGGUGGUGAGCGUCCUGACCAAAGGAAGCAUUGGUAUGAAGCUGAUGGACGGCUCCUACUUUGGAGAGAUCUGCCUGCUGACUCGUGGCAGACGGACAGCCAGUGUGCGAGCGGACACCUACUGCCGCCUGUAUUCUCUCUCUGUGGACAACUUCAACGAGGUGCUGGAGGAGUAUCCCAUGAUGAGGAGGGCGUUCGAGACAGUUGCCAUUGACAGAUUGGACAGGAUAGGCAAGAAGAACUCAAUCCUGAUGCACAAAGUUCAGCAUGAUCUCAACUCAGGUGUUUUCAACAAUCGUGAGAACGAAAUGAUCCAGGAGAUAGUUAAAUAUGAUCGAGAGAUGGUUCAACAGGUGGAUGUGCCACGCCCGCGGGCCAUGUCCAUGACACCUCCUCUGCCUGGUGGGAUCUUUACUCCUCUGAGUUCCUCCAUCCAGCCCCAAAAUUCAGCAGUUGCCACUCUGCAGCAGGCUGUAGCCAUGAAUUUUUGUCCACCAAUGCAAGGAAACUCUGUGGGAGUAGGGAACCUGCAGUCUCCCAGGGUGAUGAGGAGAUUUCAGGUGAUGCAAAAUGUACCAAGCCCUGUCUCAGCCUCUCCAAUACAGUCUCAACUACUUGUUUCUGGUGCCUUUGCUCCGGUCCUGUCCAGCCCUGUUCAGAGCCCACUUGCAACUGGCGGGCGAUCAUUCCAGUAUGGAUCCAGUGCCAUGGCUGGUCCCACCUCAGGCUCGCAGCUUUCUCUAGUCCAGCAGCACAUAGCCAGCCCUAUACACAGGCCCAGCACACAUAAGAGCACCCAUUCCUUGCAAAUGGGAAGUCUGAGCCAAGAUGCCAGGGCACUGUCAGCUUCUCAGCCCUCACUGCCUCACGAGGUGGCACAACCAAGUGUCCCUAGUCCACCCCAGUCUACACGAGUCUCUUCCACUUCCAUUGAGCCCCCUCAGACCCCAUUGGGUCACACAGGCAUCCGGAGCGCUAUACCACAUAGGGUGGUUCUCCCACACCAAAUGUCUGUUGGGGCCUUCCCCGUAGCAUCCCUUCCUGGUUCUAUUCAUGGUUUUGCAUCUGGUGCAGGGGUAGCAGUAGGAGGAGUGGGAACUGGUCUGGGAGAAUCAGGACUACCCAAGAAGGACUCUAUUGUGAGCCUUCCCGAGACAGACCACAUCAAAGUCAGAUCCAGGCUGUCCUCAAACUUGUGAACAUAAUUAAACAUUUCUAGGACAGUGACUCAACAACGGUCUUGACUGCAGGAACAUGGAGGGAUUUCUGUUCCC